AUGGGCCUCGGUCACCUGUCACCUACAGGGGGCAUUAUAGUCGGCGUGCUGGUCGGAGUGAUAUCUACUAGUUUACAGGCCGUCGGGCUUACACUGCAGCGGAAAUCGCAUAUGCUUGAAGAUGAGAAGUUUCCUUAUGAUACACGCAGACCAGCCUUUAAACGGAGAAGAUGGCAGGUCGGAAUGUUCAUGUUUGUCAGUGCCAAUAUCGUUGGGAGCACUAUACAGAUUACGACACUACCUCUACCAGUCCUAUCCACCUUGCAAGCAUCUGGCCUUGUUUUCAAUACCAUAUUUGCAACCCUGAUUUUAGGCGAGCCGUUCACACGGUACUCGGUAAUCGGGACAUGUCUAGUAUGCGCUGGCGCUAUUCUGAUUGCGACCUUUGGAGCUAUUGGUGAACCGGCACACACUUUAGACCAGCUUCUUGAGCUCCUUGUUCGACCUCCAUUCCUCCACUGGAUGGCUGGAACCGCCGUGGUCGUUCUGCUUUUAGUCAUGGGAGCCCGUGCCUUGAAGGUAUCCUCUACUCCUGGCCAGCCAUGGGGCUACAUGUCCAUCUGGUCUCCGCAUUUACACCACAGCCCCAGAAUAAAGCUGCUCCGUGGGAUGAUAUACGGUACACUUAGCGGCAUUCUGUCGGCUCACUGCCUGCUUCUCGCAAAGUCGGCUGUCGAACUGGUAGUACGGACGAUUUCCGACCAGGAGAACCAAUUUGUCCGCUGGCAGGCUUGGAUCAUCCUAGCUGCUCUCGUUGCGUUAGCCCUGACUCAGAUGUACUAUAUGCACCGUGGCUUGAAACUGUGCAGUACUAGUGUCCUAUACCCCUUUGUCUUUUGCGUAUACAACAUAAUUGCCAUUUUAGACGGCUUAAUAUAUUUCCACCAGACUUCGCAGCUUUCGGGAGUGCACGCCGGGUUGAUAGCCCUCGGCACCGUUAUACUUUUGUCUGGAGUCCUUUGUCUCUCAUGGAGAUUAGAAGAGUCCUCGGUACAUCCGGGACAGGCCGCGGUGCCACCUCCAACAAGCGCUAUCGGGCCCGGUCUUGGUUUAAUGGAAGAAUCAAACGCCUCGCCAACGUCAUACACCGAUCUCACAUACCCCGGUGACGAGGAGUCACACCCGGGCGAACGCCAGCCUUUACUACUCCAUACACCCCGUCACCGACAACAGUCUAGCCCCUUCAACCACCCUCACCGUACUUUGACCUUCUCACAUAGACGCGCUACCAACUCGGGCCUAGAGGCAGCAGAGAUAUGGGCUGAACUUCGAGAUGACCAGGAGGGCGACCUUGAUGACCAUCGAGAGCCUCUUGUCCGCUCCGCUUUCCUCACUCCCGACUCGCCUUCAUUUUCUCGCCGACCUUUGAAACGACAGCGACGGAAGAGCACCACCUCCGUCACAGCGGGGCAUCGACGCCUAUUUUCUCUAUGGGGCACACCCGGAGAGGCAGCAGCGCCCACAGCAAAUGGCCUCGACAACAGGAAGCUCACAGACCCCAAGGAACAAGCUUCGCCGAGGGACCUUAACUGGAAGCCACGGCAAGCUCUACGAUCAAGCGGACUUAGCUUACGUAGAACUUCUACCCCUUUGAUUGCCGAACAAGUCGCCGGUCACCGUGGUCUGGUACAGCGAGAUGUUGCCUCCAACGCUUCCAACAUCGGGAACGAAACAUCUAUAGCUUCUCGAUCGAGUCCUAGUCCACAGAGUACGAUGAGAAACCCCGCAUCUACCGAUCUACUAGCCCCUUAUGAUGACGCUGAGCAGAGUUCUGGCAGGAGACGCCCAUAUACGAAUCGUGUAGGAAAGCUAUGGAAUUCAGGAAAUCGCUGGCUUAGGUCCUUUGUCCCAGGAACCACACGUAAUGAAGGUUGA